CAUCAGGGGUACAUAGGUACAUAUACAGAGUAUACAUUCAAUUAGUUGUAUCAAUAUUUGUCUCAAAUCAUCACCUUUAAAGUUUAUAAAAGAGUUGCAUCGUUUGUCUACUUUACGGAUUAACACGGGCUAAAAGCAAAAGGAGACGUUGGCGCGUAUCUGUCAGGUGGGCGUGUUCUGGCUCUCCUAUUGGUCAAACGCUGUUCCCGCUCUCCUAUUGGUCAAUCGCUGUUACGCACCGCCCAGCCGCUGAAUAAUGAUAAUAAUGAUCAAGAUGGCUACUACAGAAUCCUCCUUGCGGUAGCCAACCUCCAGUUCCAUGGAAGCGUUUAAAACUGCCUUUUCUCACAGUUUAAGUCCCUCUUAGGAGACGGGGGCUCUGCCAGGGAUACUACUUUAUGGAUUAACACGGGCUAAAAGGAUAUAAAAGUAACUGUGUUGCUUCAACCACUCAUUCUAAAGGGAAGCUAAGCUAGCAUAGCAACUAGCUUUCUUCUUCUUCUUGACGACCGUCUCCAGGUUUCCCGGUUUGCGUGACUUUACGUGACCCGGUUCCGUUAAAGAGCGUCAAAUGGCAGAACCGAGGAAAGUACCGUUCGUCACUAUCUCGUCCUUCAACACCUCGCCGGUGGUUCCGACCCCCCAGCUGGAGUCCAGCAAAAAGCGCCGCCGGGAAGAUGAGGCCGCCGAGGUGACUUGUGGGAAAGAUGGAGGUGGAGGUGUUUCUGUUGUCGGGUCAGGAGAUGGAGGUGGAAGUGGAGGAGCUCCGUUCGGGAAUGUGACACCGACAGGAGGAGAGGGAGUUACCGGGGAGGUGAAGCCUUCUGUGCGGCUGCUCCUCCCGCUGGCUGAGCCCAGUGACCGGGCUUCAUCAGAGUUCAACUACGGAGAGCUGGUCAACUCAUCGCAGCCUCAGACUCAGCCUCAGCCCCAGCCUCAGCCUCAGCCUCAGGUAAAGCCUCAAGGUUCAAAGGUCCCUAAAGGCCUCGCCCCCCCGCUGGACCCCAGCGACCCGUUUGCUGACGACAACAGAGAGAGACGAGAAGUGGAGGCAAUGGCCAAGAAGUUUGAGAACAAAUACGGUGGUGUCCCAAAGAAGAAGAAGAAAGACCGGAUGCAGGAUCUCAUCGACAUCGGCUUUGGAUACGAUGACACCGACCCCUUCAUCGACAACUCAGAGGCUUAUGAUGAGCUGGUGCCGGCCUCUUUAACCACGAAACACGGAGGUUUCUACAUCAACACCGGCACGCUGCAGUUCAGAGCGGCUUCAGACUCAGAGGGGGAAAACGGCGGCACAGAGGAUAACCGCUUCAAGAAGAUGAAAGACGGCGAGGAGAGGGUGAUAAAGAAGCGUCGGAAAAAGCAAGAUGGUGGUAUUCUGGAGGAAAAGAAACCCAGAAAGAAUAAAGUACCAAAGGCUGGAGUUUCCCUGAACGUGCACCGCCCGGAGAAGAAGAAGAGGAAGAAGCUGAUGAAGGACUCCAUCCACCUGGCCAACAUGCUGCGCCGCUUCACCCGGGAGAAAGAGGAGAUGAGGAAGAAGAACUUCACCGCCCACGCGCUGGCUCGAGCCAACGCCAAAGCUCCCGUCGUUGUCGCCGUUGCCGUCGCCGCCGGCAACAGCAGCACCGGGCUGAUCAACGCCCAGGCUAAAGUCUCCGGGGCGGCCGAUUGCAACAUUACAGACCUGACCUCUGACCCUGCCGUGAUGUCACUGCUCGGAUCGACCAAUAACGACAUCCUGCAGGACAUGAUGGGCGACCUGGACUUCGAGAUGCUGGACUCCCCGCAGCACAGCCCUCUGCAGGGGGCGGAGAACGGGGCCUUCGGGCUCAAAACCGCAGGGGGCAGGGGGGCUCAGGGGGUCAUGGCGCCCCCCCCUCUGCCCAGCGGACUCCCAGCACCGCUCACUAAACGCAUCGAGGACCUCAGAGCGGCGUCCCGUCUGUUCGAUGCCGAGGGCAGGAAGAAGUUCUUCACGCUGGACAUGAACAACAUCCUGCUGGAUAUUGAGCUGCAGGUGCAGGAGCAGCCGGCUGAGGUGCGUUCAGUGGUCUACUGUCACCUGGAGGCCUUCGUGCCCUGCAACAAAGAGGCUCUGCUCAAACGCCUCAAGAAGCUCAGCCUCAACAUACAGGACGACCGUCUCCGGACGCCGCUGCUGAAGCUGAAGCUGGCCGUGUGCAGCGUGAUGCCGGAGCAGAUCGCUCGCUACAACAUGGACUGUAUCGCUAAAGUGGCAAAGCAGCAGUCGGGCGAGGCGGAGAAGAACGGCUCUGAGGACGAAGACGAGGAGAAGCCGGGGAAGAGGGUGAUGGGUCCUCGCAAGAAAUUUGUCUGGGACGACAAGCUCAGGUUGUUGCUGUGUACUCUGGUGCGGGUGAAGCUGGGCUGCUACGAGCUGGAGGGGAAGAACUCUCUCUCUCUGGAGGAUUACCUCAAAGCCUUCAUGGAGACGGAGGUGAAGCCGCUCUGGCCCAAAGGCUGGAUGCAGGCCAGGAUGCUGUUCAAAGAGAGCAUCAUGGCUCAUGGUCACAUCACAGGCUACACGGCAAAGAAAAAGAUGGUCUCUACUCCCAAAGCCAAAUCAAAGGAGGCGGUGUGGAUGCAGCGCUCGACUCCAUUGGUCCAGUCUCCUGCCACUCAGGUUGCUAAGCGAUCGCCUCUGUCUCCGUCUGAGACCAUCUGUCUGGACUCAUCUGACGACCAGCUGACGGUCCCGUCUCUCGACUCCAUCUCUCAGGCUCUGGCCAUCCUGGGGAACGCCGCCAAGGGCCUCGCUCAGGGAGACAGCCCCCCCUCCCCCGACAGACCCAAACCCACCUUCAUCCAGACCCUCACCCCCACCUUCAAACCCUCCCAGCUCCAGCUCCACGCCUCUCCGAUCCUCCUCCAGCAGCAUAAGAAGAACUCGCUCAGCCCAGCUCUCUACAUCUCUACCUCCUCCUCCCCCUCCACCCCACUCUCCCGCCCCCUCUCCGUCACCUCCGCCCCCCUCCCCUCGGUCAGAGUGGACGGGAUGGGGGUGGCGCACAGACUCUCGGUGCUGAACACUUCCAGGACUUUACCUUUAUCUGUUGGGGUGUCUAAAGCCAACAUGGUCGCCUCUGUGUCUCUCCCCAAACCUCGCCCCCCCCCCACCUCGUCUCCCCUCAUAGCCCCCGGGUCAAAACCCCCCCCCUCCCAAUCCCCCCUACUCAAAGGCAGCAAUAACAAACCGGGGGAAACCAUCAUUAUCACCUCGCCUCGUCCUCACACCCUCAUUUCCUCCCCCCACAUGAUCCCUAAAACCUUCCAGCAGUCCCCCCGCCUCCCCCUCUCUAAACCCUCCCUCUCCCUCUCUAAACCCUCCCUCUCCCUCUCUAAACUCUCCCCCCUCCCCCUCUCUAAACCCUCGACCCCCCUUCCUCAACCACAGUCUAACUUCAUCACCCCGAUGCACGCCACCCUCACAAAAUCCACGCACAGCAGCAUCGUGAAGCUCACCGCCCGCCCCACCCUCGUCACCACGACCUCCGCCUCCCCCGUCAUCUCCCAAACCCUCCCCCAAACGUCUCAGGCCGCCCCCCCCCUCCACCAGUACUCCGCCAAAACCCCUUUCCGCCCCCCCCAGUUCUCAGGAGUCCAGGUGGUGAAGCCGGGCAGCUACACUCCCCCGGGGGGGCAGAAGACCCCCAACAACAGCAGCAGCAGCACCACCAACACCAGCCUUAUUAACGCCUCAUCCAUCAUCAGCAAGCAUUCAGGAUCCAGUGCCUCCCCCAUCAUCAUCUCGGCCAAUCAGGGGCAGCGUCAGAGGCUCGGGGGCGGGACUUCUCAGGGGGCCAAACCGGUCGUGUCCAUCACGUCGUCCUCCGUCUCCUCUCAGCUACCACAGGUCUCCACAGCAGGGGGUGGUCUGCUGGGCUCCGGCUCCCCCCUCGGGCUGGGCUUUGGGAUGUUGGGGGGUCUGGUUCCCGUCUCGCUGCCCUUCCAGUUCCCCCAGCUGCUGAACCUUCCUCCUCUCAGCUCCUCCUCCUCCAACAGCAGCAACGCAGCAAACAGCGCCGCCUUCUCCACCCUCACUCAGAAUCUGUAUAAGAGUCUCCAGUCAGGGUCUCAGGUUGCUCUGCCUCCUCACUUGCAGCUCGCUUUCUCAGAUGUCACUCAAAGCCAGGGGGGCGACGCUAAGAGGAAGACGCUAUGAUACCCCGGGGUCAGGAAAGGACCAGGAGUAGACUCAGGAGGAGCUUCAGGGGACGGAGGACUCUAAUAAAAGGAGCACCGUGUUACACUUCCUGGAUCUGAGAGGAUCCACUUUUCAUAAAAACCACAGUGAAAUAUAACUUUUUUUAAGGUGAUUUGAUAACGUUUAAAUACUAUAGGGUGGUGCAGGGAUGACAUAUUUUUGUAGGUUGACCCGGAAGUUAGCUCCUCUCUGUUCCCUCUGCAAAAAGCCAAUGGGAUUUCUUCUUCAUGUGAUUUUGGAUUAUUGAAAAAAAUGACCUCUGUAUCAAAUAUGAUACUUACAUGUUUUGAUCAGCAGGAGAAUCUCCGCACAUUAACACCACUUGCAGAAAGUAACAUCAGGCAAUAAAUUAACUACAGCACGGUCACAUGACUUCGUGCCGCUAAGCUAAAGGCGGCUAAUGUUGGUCGUGGUGGCGUUUAGUCGUCUCAUUUAGACACUUGUUAGCAACCGCUGUUUUUAAAUUCACCAGGUAUUUACUGACGCAGUUAUGUGAGCACAGAAGUUCAGACAUUGAGACGCAGCGUCUGAAGAUAAACGAGAGAGACAUGUUCAGUGUUGACGUAAGAUACCUGUGGUUUACUAGAAUACAAUAAACUGCCCCGGAUGUUGUUUAGCAAGAUCCAUCAGAGAGCAAAGCGACCGGAAAACUAAGUAUAAGUUGGAUUUUUUUACGUUUUGUUGGCCAUUCCUUUAACCCUGACAACAUGUAACAACAUCCUCAGCUUGAAUCCAGUCCACAUGUGACGUGUCGGUUAAAAGCUAAAAUUAUGAUUCAGGCAGUCCUGCUGACCUUAAACUUUCCAUUUGGCUCGAAACAACUCUUAGGGCUAGCGUGAAGUAAAAUAAGUUCAUGUUCGUGUUGCCCACUGACCUUAUUUCAGGCUCAAAACCAAAAACAAGUAAAAAAAAACAUUGACUUUUAGAUGAGGGAUCAGGAAGUGCUAAAAAUGCUGACUCCUUUUCGGGUUUUAGGACUCAUUCCUGCACCGCUCUAUGCCGCAAAAUGAAAUGACAAACAGUUGUCAAUGUUUACAAGAUAGACCUAUAUCACUGUGGACAGGGAGAAGGAUGAAUGGGAUUUUUAGGUGUGUGUACGAGUGUGUGUGUGUGAAAGGUUUUGGUAGCUGGGAUUGAGCGUGUGCCUUCGUGUGUCUCCCUCUCUGAUGCAUGGUCAGUUUGUCUGUUUUUAUCAUGUAAUUAUCACUGAUACCUGUAUUUUAGUUUUUUGUUUUUUCAAUGAGAGCUGUACGCUUUUUUCUUUUUUUUUUAUUGUACUUGAACUCUUUAAUGAAAUUCUGUAUAGAACUCGAACCUGCUUUUAAUUAAAUAAUUUCCCUUCACAACGGA